AUGGCGUCCCUAACACAAGCUCUGAAUCUUUGGUCUCCCUUCGCCCAUGGCUCGACUCCGCUGUCUACUCUCUCAAAGCCCAAUUCGUUCACGAAACCUGCAAGCUCCGGUUCGGUUCCGGUCAUCAGAGCGAUGAAAACGAUGCAGGGGCGCGUGGUGUGCGCAACGAACGACAAGACGGUGGCGGUGGAGGUGGUGAGGCUGGCUCCACACCCGAAGUACAAGAGGAGAGUGAGGAUGAAGAAGAAGUACCAGGCGCAUGACCCGGAUAACCAGUUCAAGGUGGGAGAUGUGGUGAAGCUGGAGAAGAGCAGACCCAUUAGCAAGACUAAAUCUUUCGUGGCUCUCCCUGUUGUUCCGAGGAGCGGCAGUAAAGUGGAAGCUGCUGCUGGUGGUGGCAACGACCUUGGCAUUCCCUUGGAAUCUCAGCAGCCGGUUGUGUAGAGAGGAGGGAGAGAAUGCUACUUACCUCUCACUGAGUGUUGUUUGUUUUAGCAAAGCUGUCUCCUUUCGUUUUGUUAUGCUUUUGUUUGUUGGACGAGUGCAAUUCUUCAAUCUGUUUAUGGAUUUGAGUAUAAGAGUGUGUCUUGAAGGGUUGUGUUUAUGUGCCGGUUUCAAACAUAGCGUAGGUUUGGUCUUUCUUCAAGGCCUUCAAAGAAACUGUUCGGUUUUCUGAAAAUUCUUGGAACUUAUCUUUGCUUAAUUAGCGCAAUGGCUUUCUUUCCUUUCUCUGUCAGUUAUCCUUAUGGCCAAUCUCUUCAACUCAUAUCACAACUCUGAGAUAUGGCCUUAGUAUGUCUCUACUAUGAUAUUUAUUUGCUUGUUGGCUCGGACGUGGGGCUGAGUUCGAUUUUCACUGUCUUCUUGGCUCGGUGAUAA